ACGUCACGUGACCCAGAUAAUUGGUACAGCUAGUCGCGCACCAACUGCUCGCCUCCCCUGACCUGCAGCCUCUGGACCUCACUGCCGCGCCGACCCCCACUGGCCCGACUUGCUGCUGGUUGCCCUGAGGAGCCCACUGUCCCUCGCUCAAGGAGACCGCCUCCCUGCCCUUUGCCUCAUAAUGAGUCAGCUGAGGCUGCUGCCAUCCCGGCUUGGGGCACAGGCCUUGAGGCUCCUGGCCGCACAUGGCGUCCAAAGGUUCAGCUGGUACAGCAGGUCGUCUGGGCCACCGGCCACCUUCCCAAGCAGCAAAGUUGGAGGCGGCUCCAGUUACAUGGAGGAGAUGUACUUCGCCUGGUUGGAAAACCCCCAGAGUGUCCACAAGUCCUGGGACAGCUUCUUCCAGAAAGCCAGUGAGGAAGCCUCUUAUGGUCCGGCUCAGCCCCGGCCCCUUUCUGUUGUCCCUGAGAGCAGGCCGGCAGUGUUGAGCCGGACCAAGACCAGUAAGCUGGUGGAGGACCACCUGGCUGUGCAGUCUCUGAUCCGGGCCUACCAGAUCCGUGGCCACCAUGUGGCCCAACUGGACCCCCUGGGCAUUCUGGAUGCAGACCUGGACUCCUUUGUGCCCUCAGACUUAAUCACCACCAUUGAUAAAUUGGCCUUCUACGACCUGCGGGAGGCUGACCUGGAUAAGGAGUUCCAGCUGCCCACAACUACCUUUAUUGGAGGCUCUGAAAACACCCUUUCUCUGCGGGAGAUCAUUCGGCGCCUGGAGAACACAUACUGCCAGCACAUCGGUCUGGAGUUCAUGUUCAUCAAUGACGUGGAGCAGUGUCAGUGGAUCCGGCAGAAGUUUGAGACCCCUGGCGUGAUGCAGUUCUCCAGCGAGGAGAAGCGGACCCUGCUGGCCCGGCUGGUGCGCUCUAUGAGGUUUGAAGAUUUCCUGGCCCGGAAGUGGUCCUCAGAGAAGCGGUUUGGCCUGGAGGGCUGUGAGGUCAUGAUUCCUGCCCUCAAGACCAUCAUCGACAAAUCCAGCGAGAUGGGGAUCGAGAAUGUCAUCCUGGGGAUGCCACACAGGGGCAGGCUGAACGUGCUGGCCAACGUCAUCCGCAAGGACCUGGAGCAGAUCUUCUGCCAGUUUGACCCCAAGCUGGAGGCGGCGGAUGAGGGCUCCGGAGAUGUCAAAUAUCACCUCGGCAUGUACCAUGAGAGGAUCAACCGAGUCACAAACAGGAACAUCACUCUGUCGCUCGUGGCCAACCCCUCCCACCUGGAAGCUGUGGACCCCGUGGUGCAGGGGAAGACGAAGGCAGAGCAGUUCUACCGCGGGGAUGCUCAGGGCAAGAAGGUCAUGUCCAUCCUGGUCCAUGGGGAUGCCGCCUUCGCUGGCCAGGGUGUGGUCUAUGAGACCUUCCACCUGAGUGACCUGCCCUCUUACACCACCAACGGUACCGUGCACGUCGUCGUCAACAACCAGAUUGGCUUCACCACGGACCCCCGGAUGGCCCGCUCCUCACCAUACCCCACCGACGUCGCCCGUGUAGUCAACGCGCCCAUCUUCCAUGUGAAUGCAGACGACCCAGAGGCCGUGAUGUAUGUGUGCAGUGUGGCGGCCGAGUGGAGGAACACCUUCAAUAAAGACGUCGUGGUGGACCUGGUCUGUUACCGCCGGCGUGGCCACAACGAGAUGGACGAGCCCAUGUUCACGCAGCCGCUCAUGUACAAGCAGAUCCACAGGCAGGUGCCUGUGCUGAAGAAGUACGCAGACAAGCUCAUCGCCGAGGGCACCGUGACCCUGCAGGAAUUCGAGGAAGAAAUCGCCAAAUAUGACCGGAUCUGUGAGGAGGCGUUUGGCAGGUCCAAGGAUAAAAAGAUCCUGCAUAUAAAGCACUGGCUGGACUCCCCCUGGCCUGGCUUCUUCACUGUGGACGGGGAGCCCAAGAGCAUGACAUGCCCAGCCACGGGUAUUCCAGAGGACAUGCUGACCCACAUUGGUGAAGUGGCCAGCUCUGUGCCCCUGGAGGACUUUAAGAUCCACACGGGCCUCUCUCGUAUCCUGCGGGGCCGUGCGGACAUGACCAGGAAGAGGACAGUGGACUGGGCGCUGGCAGAGUACAUGGCCUUUGGCUCCCUGCUCAAGGAAGGCAUCCAUGUGCGGCUCAGUGGGCAGGACGUGGAGAGGGGCACAUUCAGUCACCGGCACCACGUUCUCCAUGACCAGGAAGUUGACCGGAGGACGUGUGUCCCCAUGAACCACCUCUGGCCUCACCAGGCCCCCUACACUGUGUGCAACAGCUCCCUCUCGGAGUACGGAGUUCUGGGCUUCGAGCUGGGCUACGCCAUGGCCAGCCCCAACGCCCUGGUCCUCUGGGAGGCGCAGUUUGGUGACUUCCACAACACGGCCCAGUGCAUCAUCGACCAGUUCAUCAGCACGGGCCAGGCCAAGUGGGUUCGGCACAAUGGCGUCGUGCUGCUGCUGCCCCACGGCAUGGAGGGCAUGGGCCCGGAGCACUCGUCAGCCAGGCCCGAGAGGUUCCUGCAGAUGAGCAAUGAUGACUCGGACGCCUACCCCGCGUUCACCCAGGACUUCGAGGUGAGACAGCUCUACGACUGCAACUGGAUAGUGGUCAACUGCUCCACGCCGGCCAGCUACUUCCACGUGCUGCGCCGCCAGAUCCUGCUGCCCUUCCGCAAGCCGCUGAUCAUCUUCACACCCAAAUCUCUGCUGAGGCACCCAGAAGCCAAGUCCAGCUUUGACCAAAUGGUUUCUGGGACCAGCUUCCAGCGGGUGAUUCCUGAGGAUGGGGCUGCGGCGCAGGCUCCCGGGCAGGUGCGGCGGCUCAUCUUCUGCACGGGAAAGGUGUACUAUGACCUGGUGAAGGAGCGGAGCAGCCAGGGCCUGGACGAGCAAGUGGCUAUCACACGCCUGGAGCAGAUCUCUCCAUUCCCCUUCGACCUGAUCAGGCGAGAGGCAGAGAAGUACCCGGGUGCAGAGCUGGUGUGGUGCCAGGAGGAGCACAAGAACAUGGGCUACUACGACUACAUCAGCCCGCGCUUCAUGACCAUCCUGGGCCGAGCGCGGCCCAUAUGGUAUGUUGGCCGAGACCCAGCAGCUGCACCAGCCACAGGAAACAGGAACACUCACCUGGUGUCUCUGAAGAAGUUUCUGGAUACUGCCUUCAAUCUCCAGGCCUUUGAGGGCAAGACAUUUUAGAGCCUGCCUGGGUCUUGCUGUGGGGUUGUUGAGGACACUGGGGACAUUAGGGACUGGCUGGCUCUUCUGCCCAGGAGAGGGACUGUCAGGGUCCCCAAGAUAAAACAUACCCAUGCAGUGAUUGAGGCCAAAGAGUAGGUACCGCUGGCUUCGGUAUUAUGCCACCUUGGGCCUUUGUGUUUAUUUCAGAAUCUCUUAGGGCUGAGAAAGCCAGAGGGGUCUGAUAGAUGGGCUGUAGUUGUAGAGUGUUUCCCCAGCUGCCCGGGUCUCUCUGGAGUGUUCGUGUGGCUUCUCCGUCUGUGUCGUUCAUGUCUCUGCAGACAGCCAGCCACCCAGGAGCCCGUGUCUCUGGUCUCUCUGUCUCCCAGCCUGGUAGACUUGACUGCUGCUCACCCUGUCCUUGUUCGUCUGUGGAUUCAAGAACUGUUCUCUUUUGUGCUCUUAGAAAUAGAGAUCUUAGCAAUAACAACCAGGUGAAGCAAAACCAUGCCAGGUGAUUUAUAUGUGCUCUGUUUUAUGGGGUGUGUCAUAAUAAAAUAUGUCAGCUUCUGUGUGAAAUACAGCCAAGGCUCACAUGUACCAAAGUAGAAAACCAAAUAACAGAGAAAUUAGAAAAUGCUUAAGGGAGA